AAUUUAAAUCCUCAGAGCUGACCAAUACGCUGCUGAGGGGGAGGAGCUGCGGACAGCCUCGUCAAGCUAGUUUGGUACGCAGGCGGUGACAAAACAGUGAGUUUUCUGUUUUCCACUCACUUGUUGUAAGCGGUGCUGCUGGUAAUAGAUACAUUGCAGCCAUGGUAAAGGAUCCAAACAAGCCCAGAGGAAAGACUUCCUCUUAUGCUUACUUUGUUCAGACAUGCCGUGAAGAACACAAAAAGAAGCACCCAGGGACUUCUGUGAACUUUGCAGAGUUCUCCAAGAAAUGCUCUGAAAAAUGGAAGUCAAUGGGACCCAAAGAGAAGGAGAAGUUUGAAGUCAUGGCCAAACAAGACAAGAAGCGCUAUGACGAAGAGAUGAGAUCAUAUGUCCCUCCUAAGGGUGCCAGGCGGCAGAAGAAGAAAAAGGACCCCAAUGCCCCCAAGAGGCCACCGUCUGCUUUCUUUGUUUUCUGCUCUGACCAUCGCCAGAAGAUUAAGAGUGAGAACCCAGGUAUUUCCAUUGGAGACAUCGCUAAGAAGCUGGGUGACCUGUGGGCAAAACAAAGCUCUAAAGACAAGGCUCCCUAUGAGGCUAAGGCUGGCAAGCUCAAGGAGAAAUAUGAGAAGGACAUGGCUGCCUACCGGGCUAAAGGUGGUUCAGCAAAAAGUGAUGGAAAGAAGAGUGGGCCAGGUCGGCCUGCAGGGAAGAAGGCAGCACCAGCUGAGGAAGAUGACGAUGAUGACGAUGAGGAAGAUGAUGAUGAAGAGGAAGAAGAUGAUGAUGACGAUGAAGAUGAUGAUGAGUAGAGAAGGAGAUCUAGUGCUUUGAUAUACAAAAUAAGGAUGUGAAACCUGCAAUGCAAUCCUUCUACCUACUCAUGUUUGUAUUGACAUGGAUGGUUCUUUGUGUAGGCUGCUGUCUUUUUUUUUUGUUUGUUUGUUGUGUUUUUUUUUUUCUUUUUAGAAUACCAAACUGGUUUUCCUUACAUUCAGGGAUUUUUUUUUUCUUUUUCAUCCUCCCUCCCUUCCAGGUAUUGUUCCCACAAUUCAGGUGAUCAUUGACUGCAUUUCCACAUACACAAAAGUAUGUUAUGGGUCACAUCUUGACCUUCAUUUAAAAUGUACCUGUUUUGAUGACUGAGGUUCAGAUAAGUUAGAAACAAUUUUGUGUGAAGAGUUUGAAACUGUUCGGACAGCAGCAGACUGUAAAGUUUUAAAUUUUUAUUUGAAGCACUGCUUAUGUUUCUGUUAGUGGUGGUGCUUAUUUCUCGUCAUUGUCUACACUGCCGUUUUACUACCAUGAAUGGUCUAGAGUUAAAUAAAAAUUUCAGUCAUUUUAAUGUGGAGCUUUAAAAACUUUCCAUGUAGAAUGAAUUGCCAUGUUUUGUUUUGGGUUUUUUUGUAUUAAAAUUUUGUAUAUUAUGGUUA